UAAUACUUUGAACGUAAUAAAAUCUGUGUCGCAUUGCAUGUUACGAAAUAGGAUCUGCCAAACAAGACAGUCUGAAAUAUGUUUCAAACGGUGCCGGUUGAUCAAAGAAAAGAUGUUCCUUUCGUCAGUUUUUAUUGUUCUUCUUUAUUCUAUCUGUACAUCAAGUGUCACCGAUCAGACACAACACGUUUUCAGCGAAACGUAUUCGAUUAAUUUGAUUAAUUGUCCGAACGAUAAAAAGUGUACAUUUGUCGAGCAUUGUCCCGCUAUUCUGAAUUUAAUGAAUCACAAUCUACUGCCGAUUCAUAGAUUUCGACAAGCGAUUUGUGGUUACGAGAACAUAAAACCAAAAGUGUGCUGCGACGUGGAUAGCAAUAUGGUGAACUCAUUUUUUACCCAAAAGGAUGGUACAUCUUUUACGAGAUCGAAUCUAAUUCCAGAAUGUGGCAGGAGCUUCGUUCAUGGUGAUGUUAACUCUAUAGGAAUGUACCCUUUUGUUGCAAGAAUUGGAUUUAAAAGUAACACAGGGCAAAUAAAGUAUCCUUGUAACGGUGUAAUUUUGAAUCAGCGCACGAUAUUAACUACUGCCAGUUGCGCACUUGCAAAGUCUAGUAUUUAUCAAUUGGAUUCUGUGCUUGUUGGUGAGUUUAAUACUGAUACUGAUCCUGAUUGCAAUACACAGAAAAUUAAUAUAUCGUACGUGAUAAAACAUCCCAACUAUCGAUCUGAUACUUUUGCGAAUAAUAUAGCGAUGUUACGUUUAAAAGAAUCAAUACAAUAUACUGUAACGGCACAGCCUGUGUGUCUUUUACCAAGAGAUGGAUAUGUAAAUGUAGGAAUGAAUCCUAUUCUUGUCGGAUGGGGUAAGCUGGCAAGCCAGAAAGUGAACACUUGUAAGCAACAAUUGCUGAAAAUGAGAAUUGUAUCAACUGAAGAAUGCAUGAAUUAUUACAACCAAGGAUCAACAGUCGAAUUGUGCACGAUAGGGGAUGAAGAGCCAUGUUCAGGAUACAACGGAAGUCCCCUUUUAUUUAAAUACGACGAUACAUAUUUCUUGUUAGGCAUUUUAUCGUACGGUUCCGACUGCAGCAUGACCAACAACUUCCCCUCAGUCUUCGUGAAUAUACAGAAAUACACAAGAUGGAUUCUAGAAAAUUGUUGAUUGUACAUUAAGAGGUUAGUAGCUUAUUUAAUAUUGUAUAUUUUAAUAAAACACGUAUUACCGCUUUCUUACAUAUAAUUUCUUUGGACAAAAUUCUGUUAUUUAUGCUUGAAAAUGUUUAAAUAUUUUCCACGGGUCAUCUCCUUCGCCUCUUCCAAUCCCAAUUGAUACGCCAUAUCGUGUAACUUUUUCACUUCAGAUAUUAAACCACCCAUUGAUAAAUUUCCGAGUUCUAAAAUAAAAAUCAUCAUAUUUUCAGCAUAAUAAAAGAUAUUCCGUAUGAAAUUGUGUUUCUGGAUGUAAACUUACGAUGUAAUUGAUUUAUAUCAUCAGGUGUGAGACCAGCAGCCCAAGAUGACGGUUCUGUUUGAGGUGAAUUUUGCGCUACGAAUUCAUUUACACCUGGAACUUCAUUAAUUGUUAAUAUAUAUAUGAUAUAUCGUAAUUCUUGUCCAGAGUAGGCUAUAGAAUUGUAUAGAAUAUACUUACUUUGCUCAGGCCAUAGGUCAGGCGAUGCUCUAUCUAGUUUCUCUAAACUCAUAAGGCUUUCUUCUACACAAAUUAGAUCUAUAAAUGAAAAAUAUGUGAAUGUCUAAGAAAUUUAUUGUUACUUUAUUUAAGGGUAUGUUAAAUAUAUAUAUACCUGAUUGGUCCGUUGGAUCUUCUGUAGUCAUUAUGUUCAUUGGAUUCGUGUUACCUAACCUUCGUUCAAAUU